AUGUCAAACCGGCCCGUCCUUAUCUUUGGUGGAGCUUCUAUUGGAAGCACCUACACAACUCCUGAAGCUGUCAAAGAGCUGCUUUCGACUCUGCAGUCACUUGGAAUCCGCAAGAUCGACACGGCCGCCCGCUAUCCUCCAACAAGCCCUGGAACCUCGGAAUUACUUCUCGGUGACGCUGGAGCCGCUCACCAGGGCUUCACAAUCGACACCAAAAUCCUGGCUUCCGGAGAUGGCUCCGGUAAUUUGGCGCCGGCGGCGAUUGAGCAGUCGCUCCAAGGAAGUUAUGAGCGGCUAAAGCUAGAGAAUGCUCGCGUGAAUGUGUUGUACUGCCACAGACCGGACAACCAGACGCCACUAGAAGAACAGGCUGCUGCACUCCAGGCUCAGUAUGAGAAAGGCCUCUUCAAGCAGCUUGGAGUAUCCAAUUUCUCGCCCGAAGUGCUCUCAGAAUUCAUCGAGAUCUGCGAUCGCAAAGGCUACAUCAAGCCGAGUGUCUACCAAGGCCAAUACAACCUCGUCUGCCGGGGUAGCGAAGAUGCGUUAUUUCCCACACUCCGGAAGCAUGGCAUUGUUUUCAACGCAUUCAGUCCUCUCGCCGGAGGGUUCCUCACCGGCCGGCUGACGGCCAACGAAACAGAGGGCACCCGCUUCGCAGAUGGAAACGUAAUGGGACAGGCCUACAAAGCGCAGUACGACAAGGAAGAGAUGCACAAUGCCAUAGCCAGCCUCAACGACAUCAUCGAAUCCCUCGGCAUCUCCAAAAUCGAAGCGAGCCUGCGCUGGAUCUGUUUCCACUCUGCACUCGGUGCACAGGACGGUGUCAUCCUUGGUGCGAGCAAGCCGGCGCAGCUUGUCUCCAAUGUGGAAGCCGUGGCGAAGGGACCAUUGCCAGAGAAGGUCGUCACCGCCAUGGAUGCCAUCUGGCGCUCGAUCUCGGGCAAGGCUGACUAA